GUAAUAAUAAUCAUUAUUCUUUUUCCAUGCGUGACACUGACAACUACCGACUUUGUGGUCGUCUCAACGAUUUAUUUUUCAUUAUACAUUUAUUUAUGCUGAUUUUUUCUGGAGUAUACCUAGUGAUUUUGUCUUAAAAAAAUUAAGUUCUAACUUUUUUUUGAAUCGUUUCUGCGUCGAGUGAUCCGAAUUCAACUUAUAACUCUCAACAUGGUGGCACAAAAAAUGUGGUCUUUCUUAUUGGUUGGGCUCUUAUUAUCGUCAUCUGCCAGUGCUGGGCCGAUCGCAGCUGGCAUUUGCUAUGCUGGAUGUGCUGCCGUCACAGUCGCAUGCUUUUCUGCCGCCGGGUUUACGUUUGGCACGGUUCCUGGAGCAGUGAUUGCUGCUACACCCGUCUUAGCUGCGUGCAAUGCAGCGUUUGGGUUCUGUGAAGCUAGCUGCGUGGCGGCCUUAAUCGUACCUACACCUUAGGGUUUAGUGGAUAUUUUCUUUUCGACGAUUUGUGUAAUGAAUUUAAUUUUUUAAAUGUACAACUUUUUUUUAUUUUUACACAUCUUUUUUUGCCUUUAAGUGCAUUCAAAUAUAAAAAUUAACUAAAAUUAAUAAUUUUUGCAUAAUAAAUAUCAAGUGUUAUAAA